GCUGCAGCGGGCUGGCGUCGUGUUGAAAGAGGCCGAGGAGCUGCUUCUGCUCUCCGGCUGCUGGUCACCGUCCCGUGGCAGCGGCGCUCUGCGGCUGGCGGUGGGCGGGGUUAGCAUGCCUCCGCUGCCGUAGCAGAGACGGGCGGGUCUGGCUCGCCGCCAGGCACACCGGGAAUGUCACGGCGUGGCGGCCCGAUGCCGCAUACCCCGACUGUCCACGCCCGGCGUGACGACCCACCGGUGUGUCGGGGUUUCUGAUCAGGUGUGUGACCCUGCUGUGGGUCAGGACGGCCUCUGACCUUCGACCCUGCACUGCCUGUGUGAUGCUGUUUGUCUGCGGAGCUCCGCCUCCCGCUCGCUGCUCCUCUGUCACACAUCUGGAUGGUUCCUGGUCUGAAUGUUCGUCUUCCAGAAUGUUCUAACUCCGUCUUCUCCCCCCCUGCUGGACUGGUGUCCUCUCUCAUGGACCUGUGGACCACCCCGUCCCCCUCCUGGUCUCCCCGUCCCAGCUCAACAGAAGAGUCUGCAGAGCUACGUGGGAUUUGCAACGCUCCCCAACCAAGUAUACAGGAAGUCAGUGAGGAGAGGCUUCGAGUUCACGCUGAUGGUCGUAGGAGAGUCCGGCCUGGGAAAGUCUACGCUGAUGAACUCGCUCUUCCUCACGGAUCUGUACUCUGAGGAAUACCCGGGGCCUUCGCAGAGAAUGAAGAAAACUGUCCAGGUGGAACAGUCCCAGGUUCUGGUGAAGGAGGGCGGGGUCCACCUGCUGCUCACCAUCGUGGACACUCCAGGCUUCGGAGAUGCCGUCAACAACAGUAACUGCUGGCAGCCCGUCACCGACCACAUCGACAGUAAGUUUGAGGACUACUUGAACGCAGAGUCGCGGGUCAACAGACGCCAGAUGCCAGACAACAGGGUGCACUGCUGCCUGUACUUCAUCGCCCCCUCUGGACACGGACUCAAGUCUCUGGACAUCGAGUUCAUGAAGCGACUCCAUGAGAAGGUCAACAUCAUCCCCCUCAUCGCUAAAGCCGACACGCUGACCCCAGAGGAGUGUCUGCGCUUCAAGAGACAGAUCAUGCAGGAAAUCCAGGAGCACAAGAUCAAAAUCUACGACUUCCCCGAGACGGAGGAUGAGGAGGAGAUGAAGAUGAUCAGGAAGGUCAAGGACCGUCUGCCCCUGGCUGUGGUGGGCAGUAACACCAUCAUGGAGGUCAAUGGAAAGAGAGUGCGUGGGAGGCAGUACCCCUGGGGCGUGGCUGAAGUGGAGAACAGCGAGCACUGUGACUUCAUGAUCCUCAGGAACAUGCUCAUCAGGACUCACAUGCAGGACUUGAAGGACGUGACCAACAACGUGCACUAUGAGAACUACCGCAGCAGGAAGCUGGCGGCCGUCACCGGGGGCGACGACAGCAGGGCCCGGGGGCCGCUGAGCAAAGCUGACACGGCUGACGGCAUGAGCCCCCUGGCCCAGAUGGAGGAGGAGCGUCGGGAGCACGUGGUGAAGAUGAGGAGGAUGGAGCAGGAGAUGGAGCAGGUGUUCGAGAUGAAGGUGAAGGAGAAGCUGCAGAAGCUCAGAGACUCGGAGGUGGAGCUCCAGAAGCGCCACGAGCAGAUGAAGAAGAACCUGGAGGCCCAGCACCGGGAGCUGGAGGAGCAGCGGCGGCAGCACGAGGAGGAGAGGGCCGCCUGGGAGGCCCAGCAGAGGAUCCUGGACCAGCAGAGGCUGGAGGCCUCCAGGACCCUGGAGAAGAACAAGAAGAAGAAGAUCUUCUAGCGUCUGGAGGAUCGGCACAUGGAAGCACUGAGUGGGGUCAAAGUUCACCGUCCUCCAGCCUCCUCUUCUUUGCUGCUCUAUUUCAGCCACAUACCAACUCGGGUCCGACUUCAGACGGUUAUUCACAAGAGUCCAGCUUCAGACGGACUCUGUCAAUAAGAAUCCAGCUUCAGACAGAAUCUCUGAAUAUGAGUCCAGCUUCAGACAGACCCUCAGUGAGAAUCCAGCUUCAGACGGAUUCUGUCAGUGAGAAUCCAGCUUCAGACGGACCCUCAGUGAGAAUCCAACUUCAGAAGGACUCUCUCUGAGAAUCCAGCUUCAGACGGACUCUUAGUGAGAAUCCAGCUUCGGUAGACGGACCCUCAGUGAGAGUCCAGCUUCAGAUGAACUCUCAAUGAGAAUCCAGCUUCAGACGGACCCUCAGUGAGAGUCCAGCUUCAGUAGACGGACCCUCAGUGAGAGUGAGCUUCAGACGAACUCUCAAUGAGAAUCCAGCUUCAGAUGGACCCUCAGUGAGAGUCCAGCUUCAGUAGACGGACCCUCAGUGAGAGUCCAGCUUCAGUAGACGGACCCUCAGUGAGAGUCCAGCUUCAGACGGACUCUCAGUGAGAGUCCAGCUUCAGUAGACGGACCCUCAGUGAGAGUCCAGCUUCAGACGGACCCUCAGUGAGAGUCCAACUUCAGACGGACCCUCAGUGAGACUCCAGCUUCAGUAGACGGACCCUCAGUGAGAGUCCAGCUUCAGACGGACUCUCAGUGAGAGUCCAGCUUCAGUAGACGGACCCUCAGUGAGAGUCCAGCUUCAGACGGACUCUUUGAAUAAGAGUCCAACUUCAGACGGACUCUCAGUGACAGUCCAGCUUCAGUAGACGGACCCUCAGUGAGAGUCCAGCUUCAGACGGACUCUCUGAAUAAGAGUCCAACUUCAGACGGACUCUCAGUGACAGUCCAGCUUCAGUAGACGGAC